UCACACAAAUAGCGUCACAAUUUCCCUUUUCCUCUUGAUUUGUUUUCCAAUUUUACCUUUACGUUACCCGUCCACCGAACCACCGAAGUAAUUAGUACGCCACACAGAUGGCAGCAUCUAAUUCAAGGCAUCCUCCACACCUCAUUUACCUUGUAGAGCUGGGCUAGUGUAAUUUGCAUUUUGUUAUUCUCAAACUGUUCGACUUCCCUCUGUGAAAUAGCGUGGACGGUAGUUUUUUACUUUUUUAUUGACUAACAAGAAGCAAGAUAUCCGCUGACCAUGAUUGUAGGAAUCCUUGUUGCGGUUUUACUAUUUCUACUAGCGCUGCUAUUCCUAGUACACCACAGGUGGGAAUGCUCUUCGUUUGUGAAAACGAUUGACCUAAUUCCCGGACCGAAGAGGAAGCCCAUCGUAGGCAACGCUAUGGACCUGCCAAAGGAAAGUCACCAAAUUAUGCAAACUAUCCAAGGAAAGUGGGUAAAACAAUUCGGCCGCGUCUACCGCUCUUGGCUCGGGUUCCGGACGUUUGUGCAUAUCUCGACGCCAAUGCUCAUGGAGAAAAUGCUCACGAGUCAGACCUUCAUAGACAAAGGAAAAUCUUAUAGCAUCCUGAGACCAUGGCUGGGCGAAGGACUUUUGCUGGCAUCAGGGAAUAAGUGGAGAAGGAGCCGCCGUCUUUUGACACCUGCAUUUCACUUCCAGAUCCUUGACAAUUUCUUUGACGUUUUUAACAAAAACGCUGAUAUCCUUUGUGAGCAAUUAACCAUAGCCAACACCCCAGUCAAAGGCGACUCUGUUGAGGAGGUUGAUGUUUUUCCCCUAUUGAAAAAGUGUACCCUCGACAUUAUCUGCGAAGCUGCAAUGGGAAUUAAAAUUAACGCCCAGCUGGAAGACUCGGAAUAUAUUAGAAACGUACACAAGAUUUCUGAAAUUGUUGUAGAGAGGUUCUUCUCGUUUGGACAUUUUUUACCUGAUUGGAUGUACCACCUCACGCCAAAAGGAAGAGAACACAUGAAAUUGUUAAAGCAAAUUCAUGGUUUCACUUCUAAGGUCAUUCGUGAAAGAAAAGAAGAAAUCGCUCGUGAAGAAAUACAAAAAGAAAAUGAUGAUGGAGCUCCUGAUGGAAUUAAAAAGCGAAGAGCUUUCCUUGAUUUGAUGCUUUUAUCUGUGAAGGAUGGAGUCGAGCUCAGUGACCUCGACAUACGCAACGAAGUGGACACAUUUAUGUUCGAAGGACACGAUACCACCGCAUCUGCCCUUGUUUGGUUUCUCUACUGUAUGGCCACAAAUUCGGAGCAACAGGUCCUAGUGCAGGAAGAACUGAACGAGGUGUUUGGAGAUUCCGAUCGUCCCUGCACGAUGGAAGACACAACUAAAUUAAAAUACCUCGAUUGCUGCAUCAAAGAAUCACUCCGGCUCUAUCCGGCCGUUCCCAACAUUACAAGAUACAUGAGUGAAGAUUCAGAAUUGGGCGGAUACAAAAUCCCAUCCGGUGCUUCCGUCUCCCUACAAAUCUACGCUCUUCACCGUAACGAAGAAUUUUUUCCUGACCCUGACGUUUUUAAUCCCGACCGUUUCCAGACGAAUGAAAGUAUCGGUAGACACGCGUUCGCAUUCGUCCCAUUCAGCGCAGGACCUCGAAACUGCAUUGGUCAGAGGUUCGCUAUGUUUGAAGAGAAAGUCUUGGCUUCGUCUCUACUCCGACGUUUUAAAUUUUCCUACGACAUUGCUAAGCAUGGGCCGCCAAGAGCCAACGCUGAAUUAGUCCUGAGACCUAGAGAUGGCAUGCCAUUGAAACUUGUCUCUUGUCCGCGUUGAUAAAAUUUCAUUUCAACCCAGUUAAAGGAAAACAAUCGUGUGUUUUUCCCCCAUCAGACUGACAUCCUGUAUUAUGAUCACGUUUGAUAUCUUUGUUGUUGUGAGAUGAGGAGCGGCUGUCAAAUGCACUCCUGCUGCUCAUUACUAAGCCGCAUUUGUAUGGAUAAUAUUCCGCUAUUAUCCAUACUGUGCAUGAUGCUGCUCAUCAAAAUGAAUAGAUAUUGGUUUGCCUACA